UUGAUACUUGCAUAAUAAGAAGAGGAUCCUAAUCGAAAUCACAUGCCACAGGUAACCAUUUUUUCAGCCACGAUGGGCAACUUUUUCAUAGAUCCAGCUCGUGUAUCUGGGGAUGAGUCUUAUUGGGUAGCCUUUUGUCGCGAAUAUGCGAUUCCAGGAAUAAUUUUUAUAGGACUUCUCUAUUAUUUAACUAUGCACGUAUGCAUACCUUUAAGAAAUAUUAGAGUAGUACGUGUAGACAAGAAAAAUGAACAAGUAAAAUAG